GGGUUCAAAGUUGAAAGUCAAGCAACACUGCGACUCCCCAGCAUGGCGGUCCAAGUGGGACACAGAGCCCUGCUGCAAGCCCUCCGAGUGCAGGCAUCGGGCCGAGACAGCGCGUGCAGGCUGGCAGCAGCCUGGUCCUGCUCCAGACACUAUGCUCUCUCCGGUAAACUCUCGUCUUCCUCUCUCCUGAACGGUCACGGAGCAGUGACACGACACUACAGCUCGGACUCCAAGGAGGACCUCCGCGUCAGACACCUGGACGGAGAGGACGCCGGUAUUGUUGUUGUUGGGAUAAAUCGACCAAAAGCAAAAAAUGCCAUCAGCAAAAAUCUGGUCAAAAUGAUGUUUGAGGCUGUGGAGGAUAUCAAGAAGAAUAACAAAGUGCGCAGUGUUAUCAUAUGCAGUUUGGUUCCUGGGAUCUUCUGUGCAGGUGCAGACCUGAAGGAGAGGGCCAAGAUGCACCAGAGUGAAGUGGGCCCGUUUGUGUCCAAAGCAAGAGCGCUCAUCACAGAGCUGGGUAACCUGCCGGUACCGACCAUUGCUGCCAUUGAUGGAGCUGCCUUAGGAGGAGGCCUGGAAAUGGCUCUUGCUUGUGACAUCAGAAUUGCCUCUGACACUGCCAAAAUGGGACUAGUUGAGACCAAACUAGCUAUUAUUCCCGGAGCAGGUGGUACACAGCGUCUGCCCAGGGUGAUUGGUGUCUCUCAUGCAAAGGAGCUCAUCUUUGCUGCGCGAGUGGUGGAUGGAACAGAGGCGUGUCGCCUGGGUCUUGUCAGUCAUUCUGUGGAGCAGAAUAAGAGUGGAGAUGCUGCCUACCUGCGAGCUCUGGAGCUCGCCCGCGAGAUCAACCCUCAGGGUCCAAUUGCAGUAAGGAUGGCAAAACUGGCGAUCAAUCAGGGGAUAGAGGUGGAUUUAUCAACAGGUCUGGCAAUAGAAGAAGCAUGCUAUGCCCAGGUGAUACCAACUAAAGAUCGAUUGGAGGGUUUGGCUGCAUUCAAGGAGAAGAGGCGUCCCCACUUCAAGGGGGAGUGAAGCCACACUGCUUCCAGAAACAUAUCAGAGCUCUGCCUUCAACUACAGUUCCACUGCUUCUGACAUAGUUUCUGGUGAAACUGUACACGUCCACACAUUAACCUGUACAGUACCCAGAGUACGUCUGUUUGACUGCAGGACAUUGGGGUCGCUCCUGGCUGGUGUUUUUGCCAGUGACUUGGGUGUUCAAGUGUAAAGCACUGGCUGGGUGUGUCAUCUACCACCAAGCAAACUAACCAGUCAUUGACCACUGCUUACAAUAUGUAACACUUAUUAAUCUAACUUCAAACUGCAGUCUAAAACAUGAAUUACUUCAAACAGUUAUUGCUCUUUGCAGUAUGAUUGACAGUUUGUCACUAACCUCCCUGACUAAUGACAGUUUUGUGAAGGCUUCACUUGAGUGAUGCAUCAGAAAGUUUUUUUUUUUUUUUUUUUACUUUGGUAAAAAUGUACUCCUGUAUUUACAACACUGAAUAACGCCAGAGGUGUCUGCAUGAAAUCAUGACUCAGGCUGGGUUUCUGUUUUUUUUUAAUAAUCCAGAGGGGGGAAUUUCCAGUUUGAGACUUAUUGCCACUAUAUGUAGGAUUUGACAAUUUCUGACUUUGGCGCAUCCAUCUCUCUGUUGUGGCAUCACAAGACACUGUAAACCAAGAUGAAUUGGCUGAAAACAACAGAGCCUAAAUCAAGGAGAAUUGUUUAAUUUCUCUACAAAUCAACGCUCAUGCUAUCAGAACAAUUUGAACAUGCUAUGAUGAAAGAAAAACAUAGUGGCUCAAAGGACCACAAAGCAAUUUCCACCAAAGGUUCUGAGGCCCUUAUCACAUAGAAAGUGUUUAGCAGCUGGACACAUCAUUUUGUAAAUGUUUUUAAUGAGAAUGAAGCUUUUUGCUUGCUGUUUUUUGUGUUGCUACACGCCUCGCGUUUCUGCGCUCUAAGCUCCUGGCGUUUUUGUCGGAGCGCUCUGAACUCCUUGAGUUGAAAAAAAACUUCAACUCAGAGUGGAAAAGUGCCACAUGUCAUUUCCGCUUUUUUCCCAUUGUCCAAUCAGAUGAUUUGAGAGGUGGGCCUUCUGUGGUUGUCACGUCAACAAGUUUACAGUUUGUAAACAAUGGAGGAGAAACUGGUAGUAGCGGUUGCUGGAUAUCCAGAGCUAUACAACUUUACAAACUGCCCCUGAAUCAUCCUAAAAUAUGCCUGGAAACAUCCAGCAUGGAGGCGAAGCUCCUGGACCAACUGGUGGUACUCCCCAUGAUCCAGCCCUUUUUUUAGGGUCUCGUGCCCACAUAGAUCUCUGUUUCCCUGUGCCCAAUAGACUAUUUGCCGACAGCCUCUCACCCUCAGCCAGAGCUACAGCAAGUACCCUCUGCCUGUCCAUUUUAGGAACUAGAUACUGAUUACUGUGAAAUAAAUAGAUUUAAAAAAUAAUAAUAAUAUAUGGUAGACUGAUUACACAGGAGGGUUAGAGUGAGGAGGUGAUGGGGAGGUUGCCUGGCAACGAAAAAAAGGCGCAACAAGCUUUUUUUAACCAGUGGCAUUCAAUUAGGAAAAAAAAAAAAAAGCAGUGUGGUGCGCCUUGCAUUUUGCAACCUGCAAAACACUUUCUCUGUGAUCAGGGCCUAACUCUGCCUCAAAAAUAUAAACUUCACAGCUGUCUGACUGUACUGACAUAUUUGCCUAGUCUGUAGUGUUUAAGUCUGGGUUCAAAUGGUCAUGGAAAAUCUGGAAAAGUUAAAGAAUUUCACGAUCACAUUAUCCAGGCCCGCAAAAGUCAAGACAGCAGUAAAAUUUACUUUUAAGUUUUGCAAAAGUCAUGGAAGUUUGGUGUGUGUAAUAAAAUUGUUAAUCUUCCAUGGAUAACCUUCCACAUGAUCUUACAUAAUGGAAAAUUUCUUUCUGAAACCGUUGACAUAACAUAGCUCUUAUAAUCGUCGAUGUGACGUUUUGUUUACCAUCAGAUAGGUUUCUUUAUUUUCUCCCAGUGUUCCCUCUCUCCCUCUAUGUAUGCCAGCUAACUGAAAUUCUGUUUGAAUCUGACAUGUUUGAAAAAUGCCAGGCAAAUUGGGCAAGACAUUUUUUAUUAUGUGUCCUUGAAAAGUCAUGGAAAAGUUUUGAAUUUUGUCCAUGAAAAUGUGUGGGAACCUUUUUAAUUAGUAGGUUAGAAAUUAUUCAUAUGAUUGGUUAACUGACCAACAGAAUAAAAAUGACAUCACUGCCACUGAGAGUAAAACACAUUAAAAACACUUCAGAAGAUUCUUGAGAAAUGUGGAUUACCCCAGAAAGUUUAUUAUAUAAAUGAUCUGGUCAUAUUACAAAAACACACCAUUUUCAGCAUCAAAGUUUGUUUUCAGCUUUGGAAAAAGUAUUUAGACUAAAGAACCACUUACUAACUUUGUUUGGUUGGUCGGUACUCGGUUGGUAGUUCCCUCAUACUGAGAGAUGUUCAUCGGCUGAUACAAAUCACUGAAUUUGGUUGAAAACCCCGAAGAAAGGGUGCAAGUGGACCUUGAGUUUUUUUCCCCAGACAUACUUGAAAUGCAUCUUUUAGAAACAUCUUUUCUUCAGAGACCUCAGCAUACUUUUUUACUUUUAACACACUCACACAUCAGACUGCUUUUAUGAAACUGUUAAAUGAAUCAGCCAGAGUGAGGAUGAUGAUGACGAUAUUGUGUUAUCUUACUGUGUGAAGUGAGCCUGUGAGUCUCGGUGUGAGUGGGACAGCCCACACAGCAGCAGACUGUAUCACACAGUCAUGAAAAAAUAAAGCUUGCGUCACACUGAAAUGUUUCUUCCCCUACAACAUUUCUACUGUUUUAAUGCACAUAAUAGCUUGAUGACAAGACGUUGCCACAGUCCUUCCACCUGCUCAGCUCUGGUGGCUGAGAUACAUUCUGUUGAGACAUACUGUUCAUAAAUGAGGAUUAGAACCCCUCACAUGCAGUACGCUCAGGUACAGGUAGAGGCUGGUGGAAAAUGAUAACUGAGCUCUGUGCAUGUAUUGCUGGAAAUGGGCCAGAGCACUCUAUAGUGAAAUAAAGGAAAUAAACAUAAAAUGUUUUUGGAGAA